AGAUCUCUCUCACCUUCCCCGUCUGGUUCGGAUUCAAAUCUCUCCAUUAUGGCGGCGCCGGUCACAAACCCGAUAAUAUUGGGUGUUUGUGCUAUGGACGUCAAGGCCCGCUCCAAAGCAAUGAGAGAAAUUCUCACUCGAAUAGUAGAAAGAAGUCGCGGCGUCGUCGAGGUCAAAAUUUUUGGUGACAAGGUCAUUCUCGAUGAAGACGUGAAGAACUGGCCUCGGUGUGAUGUCCUUAUAUCGUUCUUCUCAACCGACUUUCCUCUCCAUAAAGCCGUACAAUACGUCAAACUCCGUAAUCCGUUGUGCAUUAAUAACUUGCCCAUGCAAGCCUUGUUGUGGGAUCGUAGACUCGUUGGUGCUAUCUUAGAUCACCUAAAGGUACCAAUGCCGAGAAGACUAGAAGUAUCUCGCGACGGCGGUCCGAAGGUCGACGACGAGCUCCAACUGGUCGUUCAGGACAAAUUAGGCCUGAAGAUCGGCGGCUUGGUCGUGUGUCCUGAAGUGCGUCUUAGAGAGGAUGGAAACGCAAUCUUGGUUGACGACAAAGUAAUGGAGAAACCAUUUGUGGAGAAGCCUGUCAGUGGAGAAGACCACAAUGUCUACAUCUACUUCCGAAAUGGAGGGGGCCGUCGUUUGUUCCGCAAGGUUGGCAAUAAGUCCAGCGACCCGGACCCAACUCUCAAUCAUCCCCGUACGGAUGGAUCAUAUAUUUACGAAGAGUUUGUUGACGUCGAUAAUUCGGAAGACAUCAAGGUCUACACUGUAGGUCCAGAAUUCACUCAUGCAGAAACGCGCAAAUCUCCGGUAGUCGACGGGGUCGUUCAGCGGAAUACGGAUGGCAAAGAAAUUCGCUUUAUCACUCGUCUUAGCGAAGACGAAAAAAUGUGGGCGGCACGAAUUUGUGAAGGCUUCGGACAAAAAGUAUGUGGCUUCGACAUGUUGCGCUGCGACAAUGGCCAAAGGAGCCAAGUUAUCGAUGUCAACGGAUGGAGCUUCGUUAAAGGCAACGCGUCGUACUAUGACAAGACAGCAGAGAUCCUAUCCGGAAUCUGCUACCAACUCCGUUCAUCGCCGGAUCGCCACCUCCAUUCCAGUACUGAGCCUGUAGUCCAGGGCGAAUCCUCAACUUGGCUGCUUAAGGCCAACGUGACUGUAUUCAGGCACGCAGACCGGACGCCGAAGCAGAAGUUGAAGUUCAACUUCCCGAUCGGUGAAAGCUGGACACAACCUUUCGUGCGGCUCUUGAACGGAGAGCGCGAAGAAAUCAUCUUGCGAGAAUCAACGCAACUCAGCUGGAUUGCAACUGCCAUUGAGGAGGCGAAGGGUUUAGGUGCCGAAGGCGAGAACCUUAACAAACUGACCUUAUUGAACAACGCACUAUUCAGCAAGAUCGACCUUCCUGGUACCAAAGCUCAGCUAAAGCCUGUCUAUUCUAAGAAACAGGCUGGAGAGCCCAGGCGGUUGAUUAAGUUGACACUCGUUUUCAAGUGGGGUGGCGAGUUCACCCAUGCCGCCCGAUACCAAUCGCGAGACUUAGGAGAAAACAUGAGGAAAGACAUAUCCAUCAUGAACAAGGACGUUCUGAAUAAUGUCAAGAUAUAUACCUCGUCCGAACGUCGGGUUGCGACAAGUGCUGAGAUCUUCGCCGCCGCAUUGCUGGAAGGUUCACACAAUAACUGGUCUGCUGCAUCAACACCUCCAUCCCGUUCAGGACGUACAUCAGAUGAUGGCUGGUCUCACUCGUCUACUCCCAAUUCCAGCACGAUACCGCUCUGGGAUAAACGAAGCUCUCAUUCCUCUACUUCCAAUGGCAAUGGAAAUACCAUACCGCUGAUUGUACGCAAGGAUCUUUUGGACGACUCGAAUGCUGCGAAAGACUUGAUGGAUGACGUGAAGAAGAGGCUGAAGAUACUUCUAAGGCCUGGAGAACCGGAAAAGCGACCAGAUUUAACUUGGCCGAAGAGCAUGAAGAAAGAGCCUGUCGAGGUUGUUAAGGAGGUCAUAGAGCUUCUUAGCUCGUUUAGGGACACGAUGAAAAGGAACUUCGAAACUCUGAAUGUUGAUAAGAUCCAGGAGCGAUGGUGUUGUGGGGAUGAGCCUUGGCUAUUCCGAGAAAGAUGGGAAAAGCUGUUCGAAGAUUUCUGCAACGUCAAGCAAGAAAAAUUUGACCCGUCUCGGGUAUCGGAGCUUUACGACACUAUAAAAUAUUGCGCUUUACAUCACCGUACUUUCCUCUUCAGUAUAUUCUCAGAGCAUGAGCAAGGAGAAGAUCCGCCCUUUGCCAAACCGAAACCUCAGGACAGAAAGUUACAUGAGCUGUACGGUCGUGCAAAGGCACUUUUCGAUCUUGUCGCUCCGCAGGAGUAUGGAAUUGAACCUGCUGAAAAGGAGGAAAUUGGUGUCCUGACAUCCCUUCCCUUGCUCCGGAAUGUUGUUGAAGAUCUUGAAGAAGCGCGUAACAGUGGCGAGAGUGCCCUGCGCCUAUAUUUCACGAAGGAAAGCCAUAUCCACACCCUUGUCAAUCUCGUCCUCUACUCGGGCCUCCCCAUCGCGAAUCGGCGAAUACCCGAAUUGGAUUACUGCUCACACAUUGUAUUCGAACUCUACGAGCGAAACGGUGGUCGAGAGAAGUCCGAUAAAGAGUAUUCAAUCAAGUUGUCCCUUAGUGAAGGUGCACACUCCUCCAACGUCCUAGAUUCCGAGCUGGACGCAAGGCAUUCGCUAAAUGUUCAGCCAAGGAGAAAACUUACACAACAUCUACCAUACAGCUUGGUUAUUGAAAAGCUGUCCAAGCAUUUCGAUAGAAAGUUUGAGGACGAGGACUUGACACCAAUACAAACUAUUGACGCAAUGAGCAUGGGGACUGGCAGUAGUCCCGAUGCCUUUUAAUUUCAAUUUUGAACGACAUUAUACGUAUACAACUUUCCGUCUUUAAUUCUUUGCAAAUGAUCUUGACGAUACCACACAUUCUCCUUACUUUCAAUUUGCAUAACUUUGCUUCAUAUAUGAACAAUCAGAAACGGCAUUUCAAGCAUUUCAAGCAUUAGAUUCCCAUUUUCAUCAUAGAUCAUAGGAUUUGGUUGGACGGAAUAACUUUGUAAAUUACAUCAGUAACAUAAUCUGGAUACAAUAUCAGCACUUGGACA